UGAGGGGGAAGGUGAAAAUCCAUUCUACAUGCAGGCUGUCAGACAACAAUUUGAAAGAAUGAAUGUUGUGUGCAAUGAAAUCAUAGAUAGGUUGGAAAGAUUGGAGCAAAGAGAUAGGCAAAAUGAGAGAAGGCCAAAUUGGAGGGAUCUUGUACCUCCAGUAGUUGAAUCUGAUGAAGUUGAGGUUGAUAACUAUGAUUUUGAGGUUGAAAGACCUAGGAGGGGUAGAUAUGAGAGAAGAGCUGAAGAUAGGAGGAAUGGGGAUAGGAGGAUAAGAAGAGAGGAAAGAGAGAGGAAUAGGGUAGAUGACAAUAUCAAAAGUAUUAAAAUGAGCAUCCCUUCUUUCCAAGGGAAAAAUGAUCCGGAUGUGUAUCUUGAAUGGGAAAGGAAGGUAGAAGCUGUGUUUGAUUGUCAUCACUAUUCAGAGGAAAAGAAAGUAAAGUUAGCAGCAGUAGAAUUUACUGAUUAUGCUUUGGUAUGGUGGGAUCAAGUGUUGAUUAGUAGAAGGAGAAAUUAUGAGCAAUCAAUUGCAACCUGGGGUGAGAUGAAAACUAUAAUGAGGAAGAGAUUUGUUCCUAGUCAUUACUAUAGAGAGCUACAUCAGAGGUUACAAAGAUUGAGUCAAGGUUCUAAAAGUGUUGAAGAUUAUCAUAAAGAAAUGGAAAUUGCUAUGAUUAGAGCAAAUGUGGAGGAGGAUAGAGAAGCCACCAUGGCUAGAUUCUUGAAUGGGCUAAACAAGGAGAUUGCUCAUAUUGUUGAGUUACAUCACUAUGUUGAGUUGGAGGAUAUGGUCCACAUGGCUAUGAAGGUAGAAAGGCAACUUAAAAGCAAGUCAAAAUUUGGAGGAAAUGCAGGUACUUCUUCAUCUUGGAAGUCUAACUGGAAGAAGGAGGAUAGGGAAAAGGCUUUUAGCAACUAUAAGAAAAAUGAGGAUAAGGAAAAGAAGGCGGAGAAGAAAUUUGCAGAAAGUAAAGGAAAGGAGGUUGCAACUACUACCCGAAAUAGAGACGUGAAGUGUUUUAGGUGUUUGGGCAGUGGACACAUAGCUUCUCAAUGCCCUAACAAGAGAGUCAUGGUCAUGAGAGAAAAUGGUGAGAUAGAAACAGAGGAGGAAAUUGUGAGUGAUUCCACAUCUUCAGGGGAGGAGGAUGCAGAGGUAGAAUAUGCUGCUGAAGGAAGUGCUCUAGUGAUUAUGAGAGCAUUAAAUACUCAAGUAAAGGAGGAUGUUGGUGAUGAAUUGCAAAGAGAAACAAUUUUUCAUACAAGGUGUCUUAUCCAAGACAAAGCUUGUAGUGUCAUCAUUGAUGGGGGAAGUUGUGCCAAUGUUGCUAGUACUAUUUUGGUGCAGAGAUUAAGGUUGAGGACUUCGAAACACCCUAGACCCUAUAAAUUGCAGUGGUUGAAUGAAUGUGGUGAGGUGAAAGUAACAAAACGAGUAUUGAUUUCCUUUGCAAUAGGAAAGUAUCAAGAUGAGGUUAUGUGUGACGUGGUUCCAAUGCAAGCUGGCCAUUUAUUACUUGGCCGACCAUGGCAAUUUGAUAGAAAGGUGAUCCACGAUGGGUAUAAAAAUAGGUAUUCUUUUGAAAUGAAUGGAAGGAAAAUCAUUUUGGCACCUAUGACACCAAAACAGAUUUAUGAAGACCAAACAAGGCUUAAGCAAGCAAUGGGUGAGGAAAAAUCAAGAAGAAAAUUAAGCUUGUAUGCUAAAGGAAGAGAUGUGAGGAAUGCCAUGUUUGCCAACAAGCAAAUGUUAUUAAUUGUGUUUAAGGACUCUUGUUUAUCCACAUCUGACCUUGACCCCAAUUUGCCUAGCGUUGUUGUCUCCCUUUUGCAGGAAUAUGAGGAUGUACUACCUGAGGAGAUGCCAGCUGGACUACCACCUAUUCGAGGGAUUGAGCACCAGAUUGAUUUUGUACCUGGAGCAGUUAUUCCCAACCGUCCAGCCUAUACCCCUGAAGAAACCAAAGAAUUACAAAGGCAAAAAGAUGGCACAUGGCGCAUGUGUGUGGAUUGUAGGGCGGUCAACAAAAUCACUGUAAAGUAUCGCCAUCCUAUACCUAGAUUGGAUGAUAUGUUGGAUGAACUUUGUGGUGCUUGUGUUUUUACCAAAAUUGACUUGAAAAGCGGAUAUCAUCAAAUUCGCAUGAAAGUAGGUGAUGAAUGGAAGACUGCAUUUAAAACAAAACAUGGACUAUAUGAGUGGUUAGUGAUGCCUUUUGGUCUAACUAAUGCUCCUAGCACUUUUAUGAGAUUGAUGAAUCAUGUGUUGCGUGCUUUUAUUGGAAAAUUUGUUGUUGUUUAUUUUGAUGAUAUAUUGGUUUACAGUAGAGGCAUGAAUGAACAUAUGCAUCAUUUAAGGGCUGUAUUCGAUGUGUUAAGAAAGGAAAAAUUAUAUGCUAACUUGAAGAAAUGUUCAUUUUGCAUGGAAAAGGUUGUCUUUUUAGGAUUUUUCAUUAGUGCUAAUGGUGUUGAAGUUGAUGAUGAAAAAAUUAGAGCUAUUAGAGAUUGGCCCAUUCCAAAGACUGCAUCUGAAGUACGUAGUUUUCAUGGACUAGCUAGUUUCUAUAGAAGAUUUAUUAAGAAUUUCAGUACCAUUGCAGCACCAUUGAAUGAUCUUGUCAAAAAGAAUGUUAAUUUUGUUUGGGAACAGAAACAAGAUGAUGCUUUUCACAAAAUUAAAGAGAUUUUAUGUUCCGCUCCUGUGCUGGCUUUACCUGAUUUUUGCAAAACUUUUGAGAUUGAGUGUGACGCAUCAGGAAUAGGUAUUGGAGCCGUUUUAAUGCAGGAAAAGAGACCAAUAGCAUACUUUAGUGAGAAGCUUAAUGGAGCAGCUUUAAACUAUUCUACAUAUGACAAGGAGUUGUAUGCAUUGGUACGUGCCUUGGAAACAUGGCAACAUUACCUUUGGCCAAAGCAAUUUGUCAUCCACACAGAUCAUGAGUCAUUGAAGCAUAUCAAGGUGCAAAAUAAGUUGAGUAGGCGUCAUGCAAAAUGGGUUGAGUUCCUUGAGACCUUCCCAUAUGUGAUUCAAUACAAACAUGGGAAAGAAAAUGUGGUGGCUGAUGCCUUAUCUCGAAGGUAUAACCUUCUUGCCCUUCUUGAUGCAAAGUUAUUAGGAUUCGAAUAUGUGAAAGAAUUAUAUGCUGAAGAUGAUGACUUUGCUAGAGUGUAUGCAGCUUGUGAAAAGAAUGCUUUUGAGAAGUUUUAUAGGCAUGAUGGAUAUUUGUUUAGAGAAAAUAGAUUGUGUGUGCCUAAGAGUUCCAUGCGUGAAUUACUUGUGAAUGAGUCUCAUGCUGGUGGAUUAAUGGGUCAUUUUGGUGUUGCCAAAACUUUAGAUGUAUUGAAGGAACAUUUUUACUGGCCGAAUAUGAAAAGAGAUGUUGAAAGAGUAUGUGCUAGGUGCAGAGCACCACCACCCUUCAAAGGGGCAAUCACUAGGGCGAGAGCUAAGCAACUUCAAAGCAUGCUCAUGGACCAUAAAAGGAUUUUCGGCUUAGGAGGGGAGCUGCAUAAGGAAGACCUAGCUUGCUUGCUCCAAGAAUCUAAGUGGAUCACCAUGUGCCAAGUUGGAGCUUCCAUUGCCACGUCACCAGCCACGUCAGAUUCCAUUGCCACGUCAUCGACCAUGUCACCAGCCACUUUGGACAUGCCUCAUGCCACCCUGGAGUCCACUUGGCAGCCACCUAGGUGUUUGUAG